AUGUCCAACCUCCUCUCCUUGAUAGGAUGGACCUUCCUCCCUAACCUGGUCACCGGCUGGGUUCAGACAAUCCUCUACUCCAUCUUCAUCCGCGCCGGCGACCCCAAGCCGCAGCCCGGCACCCCGCGCUGGGCCGAGCACCGCCGCCGCCUCCACAUCCUCGUCGUCUCGCUCUACCUCGCCUACACCGUCUACGAGGCCGACUACGAGCUGCGGCGCGCGGGGUCCUUCUACGCCGACCUGUCCCUGCCCCUGUCGGCCACGGAGCGCGACGUGCGCGCGCGCUUCCGCCGCCUCGCGGCCCUGCACCACCCGGACAAGACGUCCAACCCGGACGCCGUCGCGGCGACCGCCUUCUUCGUCCACCUCAAGACGGCCGCCGACACGCUGGCCGACCCGGCCAAGCGCUUCGCCUACGAGCGCUUCGGCCCGGACGUGGUCGCCUGGGCCCACUGCGCCACGGUGCGCGACUACGUCAUGCGCGGCGCCCAGGUCCUGGUGCCCUACUACGCCGUCGGCGCCGCCGCCAUGUACGCCCUCGGCCUGCUCGGCUACCUCGACUGGGGCCGCUACUGGCGCUGGCUCGCCCUCGCGGGGCUCCUCGUCUUCGAGCUGCACACCGUCACCCGCCCCAGCCCGCCCGCGCUCUUCGACCGCGUCGUCAACCCCCUGCUCGGCUACCUCGUCCCGAACCACCCGCCCUACCUGCCCUUCCAGGCCAUCUCGCUCGCCCGCAAGGUCUGCCUGACGCUGUACAUCGCCCUGUCGCAGAUAGGCCCCAUGCUGACGGCCGACACGUCGGGCGGCCGCGUCGUGGUCGCGCAGCAGGGCGGCGACGACGAGGCGCUGCUGCGGCAGGGGCUCGAGAGGCUCGAGGCCAUGGCCAAGAGCGUGGACCAGGACGCGCAGCGGCUGCUCGAGAUGGAGCUGACGCCGUUCUCGGGCGACCCGGAGGUCAUGGCCGGCAUGCGGGCCAAGAUGAAGGAGUGGCUGGUGCAGAACACGAUACGGGCCGACCCCAUGGUCAGGGACGCCCUGGGCCAGUCCUUCAAGAAGCGCAGGAUCGAUGCUCCCAGCGGCGCGCGAGGGACCAAGUAG